GGUGCGGGUCCCUGAAUGCAUCCCCGGUCAGCUGGUCUGCCAUCCAACAUGGCGGCCCCCUGGCCUGGCAGAUGUGAGUUCUUUGUGCAGAAAAAGAACCGCUUCUGUAAGAUGGUGGUGGGCAGAGGGAGGAGGUUCUGCGGAGAGCACGGGGCCAUGGAGGAGGACGGCGGCCGCAGGAUCGUCUGUCCACUGGACCCCAAACACACCGUGUGUGCAGACAAACUGGAAAAACACCUGAAGAAGUGUAACUCCAGAGAGAAAAGCAAACCUGUUUAUUAUGUGGAGGAUCAGAACGCUGGAUCAGCUGAUGAAGACGACACAGUGGAACCGGUGUGCUUGUCCAAUCACAGCAGGACUGAGCUGAUGUCUCUGUUGGACAAACUGAAGACAGCAGUUCAAGGUCUGCAGUGUGACCUGGACGAAAGCGUCUUGUCUCACUCCGUCCUCCAGGAGGAACUCGACAAUCCAAAGAACGGAGACUCCGCCCACAAACACCUGAAGCAGGAGUCAUCCAUCCUUGGACAUCUGGAAGCCCUGGGGCUGCUGGGAGGUGGGCGGUGCUUCGUGGAGUUCGGGGCGGGGCGAGGGAAACUGUCCCACUGGGUCCACGAGGCAUUGAAGACCAGAACCAACCUCCAGCUGCUGCUGGUGGAGCGCAGCAGCACCCGCUUCAAGGUGGAUGGGAAACACGUGGACGCCGCAGCUCAGUUUGAGCGUGUGCAGGUCGACAUUCAACAUCUGGAUUUAAGUAAAGUUCCACUUCUCCAACAGAAGAACCUCCCGGUGGUCGGCGUUGGGAAACAUGUGUGUGGGGCGGCGACAGAUCUCGCUCUGCGUUGUUUGUUGGAAAAACCUGGAGGUACCGGACCUACCGAACCUGCACAAAAACGCCUGAAGACCUCUGACCCAGCCCCAGAUCUGGACCCGUCCCGUCCCGGUCCUGGUCCCAGUUGUGGUGCCGGUCCUUCCGUCCUGGGCCUGGCGGUGGCGCUGUGCUGUCACCACCGCUGCCAGUGGCGUCACUACGUGGGGAAGCGCUGGUUCCGGCAGCGGGGUCUGGGACCGGCCCAGUUCAUGGCCUUCACACGCAUGUCCAGCUGGGCCACGUGUGGCACCAGACCGGCCAAUCAGGACGCUCCACCUCAGGACCCGACCAAUCAGAAUGAAGGUGACGGAGAAGAGCACGAACCGGCAGAAGAGACGGACACUGUUAAGGGGUUCCUGUCGGCGUCUGAACGCGAACACGUCGGUCGUUUGUGUAAACUGCUGAUCGACAGCGGACGCUUGGAUUAUCUGAAGGACAAAGGCUUCGACGGCCGACUGCGGCGCUACGUCAGCGCCGACGUCACGCUGGAGAACGUCCUGCUGACCGCCGUCCCGUCACCUGACCUGUCACCUGACCUGUCACCUGACCCGUCACAUGACCAAUCAUCAGAGCUGAACUGAGUUUGUUCAACAGUUUUUAUUGUUCAGAUUUUUCUUCCACACAUGUUCUAGUUUGUUCUACGUUCUCGUUUCUUUGCUGAUGAUAAAGUGUCUGAUUUAAAGGA